UACCAUCAGUCAACACUUGCAGUAGUUUCCAUCAGCUCCACUCGACCUUUACCUAAUUUCAAUAGCUGAAACAGCUUGUUCUGCUGACGACCUUUCCCCUGCAUUUCAGUACAGCAAGCCCCUGUACUGUCUACCACUAACACUAACAGAGAUGUAUUCCACCGGUGCUCUGAUUGUUGAGAGCAGUAAGCUGCUCCUCCCAGCACUGGUAGCCGCCUCACGUGUCGUAUCCAACGUCCUCUACAUUCCUCUAAACUAUGAAACCACACCUCCCGGCCAAACACUGAGCACAGCCUCACAACAGAUUCGUCGGAUAUAUUUGGAAGUGUCACAAACUAGCCCUCUACUAGACGUGCGCAUUCUCCUCCCAUCACCACUUGAGCGAUCACUAGGGCCAACCACACUACUGCAAUAUGGAGACCUGGACGUAGUUCUCAGCUCUCUACCUAACUUUGAGCAGGUGAGGAGCUCAGCCAGAUAUCAGCUGCUGGCUGAGCGGGUGAAGGGAGUGGGCCUGGAGGCACGCUACAAGCAUAUCAAGGUUGAUGAGUCCCCUACCAUAUCUAAUGAGGGAGCCCCUGCUAUUAAGGACUAUAACGAUGUAGUGCUUGGCGGUACAUUUGACAAUAUACACAACGGGCAUCGUCUACUCCUCACACAGAGUGCUCUAAUUACGCGACGAAGACUCCUAAUCGGAAUAUCGAGUGGAGCGUUACUAUCCUCAAAAAUCCUCCCAGAGCUCAUAAAACCAGCGCCCAAUCGGAUUGCAGACGUGCAGAUGUUUUUAUCGGAUAUACAGCCGGGGAUAGUCCACGAGGUAGUGAGUAUAACGGAUGUGUAUGGUCCGACUAUCACUGAUGAAGGGUUGGAAUGCGUAGUGGUCAGUCCUGAGACUGUGAGGGGGGCACAGAUGAUCAAUACUGAGCGGACACUGAAGGGUCUGAGGCCGCUAGCUGUCCACACUAUAGAGAUAGUGGACCGGCUCCCUUCAGGUGCCCCCACUCUAGCGCAGGAAGCUAAACUGAGUUCCUCUGAUAUACGGCGUGGGAUGAUGGGCAGUUAUAGACACACACACACACGCACAAAACCCUUCACCAGUGAAGAAACAUAUCUGAUUGGUCUGACUGGUGGUAUUGCCUCAGGCAAGUCAGCCAUUUUGAAACGGCUGAGCAAGAAAGGUGCCUACACUAUUGACUGUGACAAGCUUGGACACGAGGCAUACUGUGUCGGCAGCAUGGCUCAUACUAAGAUAGUCGAGACCUUUGGUGAAGGGGUUCUUGAUGACAAUGGAGGGAUCAACAGAAGAGUGCUCGGACCAAUAGUGUUUGCUGACAAGGCUAAAUUGGAGCAGCUUAAUCUGAUAGUUUGGCCAGAGAUAUGGUCCCAAGUGGAGCGGAGGAUAGAACAAGCCGUUGCCGAGGGUUACGCUGUGUGUGUCAUCGAUGCUGCAGUCAUGUUGAGUGCAGGCUGGGAGAAGAAUAUGCACGAAAUAUGGGUUGCCAUAGCACCCAAAAAAGACGUGGUUGCUAGGAUAAUGGAUCGAGAUGGGUUGAGUGAGGGGGCAGCACUCAGUCGUAUGGCUUCACAGCCGACCAAUGACGAGUACGUGCAACAAGCCAACGUUGUGUUCAGCACACAGUGGGAGCAAGACUACACUCAGAAACAGGUUGACAAAGCGUGGGAGGAGCUACUGACAAGAAUCCAGUCAGUGAACACAAAACCUGCAAACAGUCAACUCUAGUUAUAACCAAGGACAGACAGUGUGUGUUCUCCUGCUAUAUCUUACUGUGUGUUCUCCUGCUAUAUCUUACUGUGUGUUUAAUUAAUUACUAAAAUUAUGUUUCAACAGCAAUUAUUUGGCAAUGAUAA